AUGCUGGAUGAACACAUCGAGAAUGUGAUGUUAAUUCACCAUGGAGAACAGCGUCAGUGUAAUAAAUAUUUUCCCCUUCAUGGAGGUUUAGAAAAAGGACUUCGAUUAUGUUCCACUGAUAUAAGUUCUGGAGUUGUUGCCAUUACAGAAUAUUUUUACUGCUCAAAUUCUGAUCGUCUUUGUAGAAUAUUUAAAGUGUCACGACUUGAUAUGUUUAUGUGA